ACCGCUAGCUAAUAGCUUAUAGCGCGGGUUCAAAUAUGGCGGAAAUAGUGUGAUUUAUUUGUUGUUUUUCGUCGUAAAAAUGGAGCGGUUUAUAGUUAACUUUCAAUAGCUUUUUUUGAAUAUGCAAAAAGCUAAGGACCCAGAAGAGUGUGUCGCUCUUGAUCUCCAGGUCAGAGUAGUCACCAGCUCUACUCAUCAGGCAGAAGAAGUACCUGAACUCCACCCCACGUGGAUGCACAACGUCCAGUAUGUUGAGUAUGUGCCCAUUCCAGUACAAUACCCUGCAGGUAGUCUCACGCCUGUCAUCACAGAUGAAGCAAGUGUUGAGGAGUGGAGGGAGAGGGCUUCUUUCAUUGACGAGGACUUAAAGUGGCUCCUCUGCCUUCCACAUAAUGAGUUCUGGUGUCAGGUUAUAUUUGAUGAUACAUUAAAAAACUGCCUAGACUCCUACCUGCAGCAUGCUCCAAGAUGGUUUGAUGCAAGUAGUGUCGUCCCUCGGGAAGUUGAGCUGUUACAAAAGGGAAUACACCAUCGGGUGUUCAUGGUUUAUUUACGCAUGUCAACACACAAGGAGUCACAAAGUAAUUUCCUAACACCUGAAGUGUUUGGGGAUAUUCUGUAUAACCAUUUCCUGUUUGAUAUUCCCAAACUAAUGGACUUAUGUGCACUGUAUGGAGGUGAAAGCAACCAGAACAUGCCACUACUGAGAAAGAUGAUCGUGAACAUAUUCUCAAAACAGCCAAAGUACUAUGGAGACCUUGACGCAACCAUCCCAACCCUUGUAGAAACCCUCAACAACAUUCUCUCUAAAUGCGGGCUGGCAGAGAGCGCCACCAACUCCCCACAAAAACUGAGCGAACAGCCUCGAGACCCAGGCCAAAACCUUACAACUCAAGACACAAGAGACCUAGUGUCCUACAUACUGGACAUUGGGCACACACUCACGGCAUUCAUGGAAACGUUCCCUUUGGCCUGUCAAUCAUUUCAUCGGCAGGGCCUGGUUCAAAUCAUAGCGGGGUUCUUUGAAAAGGUCAUGCCCUGUUUGCGGGAUUGCCUGGUGGCAGCAGAGUUGAAGCCGUUGCGGCAGCAGCUCCACCGUGCCAAGAUGGCGCUGGUUGCUGUUUGUAACAUGGUCAUCAGGGCGUGUUGUAUCGAGCCCAUCGUGGCAAGUAAGUACUCGACGAGUCCACAAGCCGCCGACGAGCUACACGGCCACGUGGAGGACUAUCUCCAGAUCCUCACGUCCGUACUAACGGAGCGAAGGUUCGUUAGCUGGUACGAUGCGCGCUACAGCGUGGAGUCAGAGCUGAUUACCAUAAAGGAGGCUCCUGGCGCAUGUCUGGACGAGACGCGCCUGCAGUAUAUAGUACAGGCGGUCAGCGGUGCCCGUGAGGCUCACCCUGUAAGGUCACGCGCAGAGUUGACUCGAGUGGAACGGAAUCCCGACCGUGAGGAGCCGAUAGUUAACGGAAAUUCACCAAUAAGAGACCAGAAUCAACAACAAGAUAAAUCACCUGUUAGUCCUGAUGCUGAGAGUAAAGAUUCAUCGGCCUCUCCCUCGCCCCACCCUGCCGACAUGGACGAGGUUCAGCUUGACUCCAUGGUAACCAGCGUGCGAGACCUGCUCCCGGAACUAGGCGACGGCUUCGUCAUUAAGUGUCUGCAGCACUUUAACUACAGCAUAGAGCAAGUUGUCAACUCUAUACUCGAGAAUAGCAUCCCAUCCCCUCUCGAUUCGCUGGACCGCAACAUGCCAAAGGCACAAGCCUUGAGGCGCGAGCCCAAACCAGCCACCCUCAUCUCCACAAGACACUCCGUCUUCGACAAGGACGAGUUCGAUGUCCUAUCACGGGGGACAGACAUCGACCUCUCACGGGUACACAAGGGCAAGAAACGCGACACAAGCAACCUCGGCACGCUAUUGGCUGAUAAGAGUCAUGUGACGGAGGCCGUGAAGGAGCGGUUGAGCCGGUAUGACGUGUAUGGCCGGUUUGACGGGAUUGACGAGUAUGAUGAUGAGUACGAUGAUACGUAUGACUCGCACGAGGUUGGCGCUCAAGAUGACGACUCAGCGGACGAGCUCACGCUAAGGAGGCCCUUCACCAUACCUCGCGUCUUGCGAGUGCCACAGGCUGACCAAGAGGAAAGUGAAGAAGAGGACGAGGAUAACUCCGAAGAACAGCGGCAACCAAGUCCUGAAAGUUCCCAGAAUGGCGGGGAAGAGAACCAGGGGCGGGACAAGCAGCGCCCUGAUAGGCAGGGUGGAAAGGAAAGGGGCCAAAACAAGACCGAUAAUAAAGGGCCUAAGGCACAAAAGGCGAACAAAGGAACUAAAGGGCCUAAGGGUUCUCCACCGGAUGCGAAGACGCUACGGGCCAGAGCACAGAAAGAGAAGCAUAAAGGCCAACGAGCAAACCAUAACCGCAAGGCAGGAGCUGAGUGGAAGCGCAACAAAGGAAUGGGGGCACUUCCGCCCCAGUGAUACAAUGUACUUUCGGCACUUCCGCCACAGUGAAACAAUGUACUUCCGGCACUUCCGCCCCAGUGAUACAAUGUACUUCCGGCACUUCCGCCACAGUGAAACAAUGUACUUCCGGCACUUCCGCCACAGUGAAACAAUGUACUUCCGGCACUUCCGCCCCAGUGAUACAAUGUACUUCUGGCCCAAUGAUAUAUUUCACUUCCGGUUCAGUUGGAAAAAACGCUUCCGAUAAUGACGUACUUUAAUUUCGGAUUGGCAAUAAGCAAAUCACUUCCGAUCCAUUUUUGGUCCAUUAUAUGGAUAGAAAAAAGUACAAAGAAGACAUCAAUAACUAUGAUAUUUUCUCGUUAACUUUAUUUUGAAAUUGUAGAUGUUUCACAAUUACAAUACCCAUAAUUUAAUGAAGAUAAAUGCUUCAUUGAAAAACCCACAACAAUACUGACAAAAAAAAUAAAAAUAAAAAUAAAAAACGCAUGUGUUUUACAGAACUA